CAAUAGCCGUACAAAGCUUGCCAGAAGUGCAGAGCUCUGGGCGCCAGCUCGUGUCGCUCGCUGCCUGCCGCUCUGCCUCUCCGUCCUUCCUCCCUCCUUCCCUCCUUGAUUCUCGUGCGCCGGCGGCGUCCCCUCCCCUGCUCGCUGUCGCUGGAUUCAAAAAAUUUGAACCUUUCCUCCCCGCUCUAUCGACCCCAACUCCGUCGCCGUCGACUCUGCUGCUCUUGCCCGCCACCGACCGCGACGUCUGUGGCCAGCCCCAAUCCGCGGCGUCUCACCGGCCCGAUUCCAGCAGCUUCCCUUCGUCCCCACCACCUCCUUCUUCUCGGAGCCGCUGGAGCUCCGAGCCUCCGACCCAAAAUUCCACUAGCGUUCUCUCUUGCCAACAAGGUUACUCCGUUACUGUGCGGCGGCGCGGGCCGGAAAUCGCCCUGUCACCAGCCCCAAGGGCGGCGGCUCGCAUUGCGGCCUGAUGGCGGCGAGGCUCGCCGCGGCGUCGGCGGCGCUUGCGCUGGCGCUGGUAGGGAUGUGCUGCGCGGCGGGGCCGGCGACAGCGCUGGGGAUGAACUGGGGCACGCAGGCGACGCACCCGCUGCCGCCCAAGGCCGUGGUGCAGGUGCUGCAAGACAACGGCAUCAAGAAGGUGAAGCUCUUCGACACCGACCCGGCCGCCAUGAGCGCGCUCGCCGGCACCGGCAUCGAGGUCAUGGUCGCCAUCCCCAACAACAUGCUCGCCGACCUCGCCGACGACGCGGGAAAGGCUAAGGACUGGGUCAAGCGCAACGUCCGGCGCUACGACUUCGACGGCGGCGUCACCAUCAAGUAUGUGGCCGUGGGCAACGAGCCGUUCCUGGAGUCAUACAACGGCUCCUUCAUCAACGUCACCUUCCCGGCGCUGGAGAACAUCCAGAACGCUCUGAACAACGCCGGCAUCGGCGACCGGAUCAAAGCCACCGUCCCUCUAAACGCCGACGUGUACAACUCCCCGAAGAACAACCAGGUGCCGUCCGCAGGGCGGUUCCGCGCCGACAUCGCCGGCCUGAUGACGGACAUGGUCAAGUUCCUCGCCAAGAACAACGCGCCCUUCACCGUGAACAUCUACCCGUUCCUGAGCCUGUACCUGAACGACAACUUCCCUCUCGACUACGCCUUCUUCGACGGCGGCGCAACGCCGGUGAACGACAACGGCGUGCUCUACACCAACGUGUUCGACGCCAACUUCGACACGCUGGUGGCGGCGCUCAAGGCCGUGGGCCACGGCGACCUGCCCAUCGUCGUCGGCGAGGUCGGGUGGCCAACGGACGGCGACAAGCACGCCAAGGCGUCCUACGCGGAGCGAUUCUACGCGGGGCUCCUGAAGCGGCUGGCGGCGAACACCGGCACGCCGGCGAGGCCGAACCAGUACACGGAGGUGUACCUGUUCGGGCUCGUCGACGAGGACGCCAAGAGCGUGGCCCCCGGCAGCUUCGAGCGCCACUGGGGCGUGCUCCGGUACGACGGCCAGCCCAAGUUCGCCAUGGACCUCGCCGGACAGGGCCGGAACACGAUGCUGGUGCCGGCGAAAGGGGUGAAGUACCUUCCCCGGGCGUGGUGCGCGCUGAACCCGAACGCCAAGGAUCUCGGCAAGCUCGGUGCCAACAUCGACUACGCCUGCACGUUCGCCGACUGCACGCCGCUGGGGUACGGGUCGACGUGCAACGGCAUGGACGUCGCCGGCAACGCGUCGUACGCGUUCAACGCGUACUACCAGGUGCAGAACCAGAAGGACGAGGCCUGCGAUUUCCAGGGCCUCGCGCUGCCCACCGAGACCGACCCGUCCACGGCGACUUGCAACUUCACCAUACAGAUCCAGACCGGGGCGGCGGCCAUGGCGUCGCUCGGCGCCCGGAGCGCUGGAGCGGCCGCGCUGGUGUUGGCGUUGCUGCAGCUCCUGGCGAUGUGGUAGCAGUGCUUGUGUCCACGUGGUUGCCGGAAGAAGAGAUCGACGUUGUACGGUUGAUUGAUUCUGUGCAUUUCUUAUAUGAUUCGAUUAAAAAACAUGCUUUUUAUUUGGACCGGAGUAGAGAUGUUUGCUUAUUUUUCUAGGGUUAACAUGUGAAUAAUUUAAUUGAUUGGGUAUCUAUCUAUAUAUAUAUAUCCUAUAGAGACAAA